ACGUAGUAGCAGUGCCCAAUUCAACAACCAGAAACCACCGCUCUCCCUCUCUCUCUCUCUCAACAGAAGCACAAUUUAGUCAAGUGCUUCGCUUUUUCUGACACCCUUUUGAAAUAGCUCCUGCUCAAUUGAUCUCCAAUGGCUCCCUGAAUCAGAUUGAAAAACAAAAAAAUCAGAAUUUUUUUCAGAGUUUUCUGAAACAGAGGUUCAGGAUCGUGAUGAAAAACUAAAUUGGCCAAGAAUUUGUUAAAAUAUUAGUAGGUUUUUGUUUUUAUCUUCUUCUCCUAUUUCUCACUUGAUUGUUAUUGCUUGGAGGAUCGAUGGGGGAAUCUGCUGCGUGGCUCGUGCGCUCAUUUUCUCAGCCUUCUCCUACAUCCGAAGAAGAAAAAAAGGGGAACCCGAUAGAUCGGGCCCUAACAGCAUCAGUAUCCUUUGGAAGGUUCAUGUCUGAAUCGUUAGACUGGGAAAAAUGGUCAGCUUUUACUAACAACCGAUACUUGGAGGAAGUUGAGAAGUAUUCGAAGCCUGGUUCUGUUGCUGCGAAGAAAGCUUACUUUGAAGCUCAUUUCAAGAGAAGGAGAGCUGCAGCAUUGCUUGAGCAGCAAAAUGCAGCAGCUUGCACCUUCUCUGAAACAGAAAAUACAGAAGCUAAGAUUGACGACAAUUCAUCCUUGGAUUUGGGUAUUAAGGAAGCAGGGAUUCAGAGUAGUGAGCCAGCCAUUCCCUCUGGACAGAGUGGUAACCAUGAUACUUCAUUCGAAAGAACUUUAGAAGACACUAAGCGUGGAGCAACUGAAACAGCCAUGAAGCCACUUGCUAACCAUCUCAAACAUGAUGUGUGCAUUGUGGAUACAGUGUCCAAGAAAGAGGAUACCACACGCAACAAGGAUGAUUCUGCUAUAGGAAACCCGGCAUCAGGUCAGAAGAUACCCAAAGCUCCUUCUGCUAAGAUGCUGAUAAAAGGGGUUGGUUGCAAGUGUUCACCUUCAGUGGAACCGAUAAUACCUGUUCAACUCAAGAAUAGUGAAAAGUCACCAGAGAGCAAGCGUAAUUCGACGGACUCAAGCAACAAAAGGAGAUCCUACCUAACAUCCCUUCACAUGUCCAUUAAUCUUGCUUCUCGUUCAGGUGCAACCCAAAAUGACAUAUCUUCUGGUCUACCAAAGAUUGAAAACUCAAGAGUCAUCCGAGCUCCAGCCAAGAAAUAUAAAAACAGCUCGCCUCAAACUUCAACUAGGGCAUCUGUGAGUGGUCUAAUCAAGCAUUUUUCAGUAGCACCUACACCAGAAAACAGAAGGACUGUGAGAUCACGUGGUGAUUCAAUUUCAGAAGCCAAAACAGCAGAUGAUAAAGUUCAGUCCCCAUCCUCAAACUAUCCCAAGUCUUCGAAUUUAUUUGGAAACAAAGCACGGCUACCGACUGUGCCUUCGUCCUUCACAUUUAAGAGUGAAGAAAGAGCAGUAAAACGGAGAGAGUUUUUUCAAAUGCUCGAGCAGAAAGCAAAAUUGAAGGAGAAACAUCAAAUGCAUGCAAAACCACAGGUCACUGGAAAAAGUAAUGAUAAGGAUAUUCACAACUCCAUUGCACUCGAAGCAUCAAAAGGAGCAGAGGCUCCUCCCUUAAGAAACAUAACAAAAAAGAUUCCAACCGCGAGACCUUGUUUUCCAAAAAUUGAAGAAAGAGCUGCUGCUUUCAAAGUUCAGGACAGUAACAUUGUAAAACCUCCUUGGAGAUUCUCAGUGAAGACAGAAGGGUCCAAGGAUUUAACUGCAAAGAACAGCAGGCCGCCAAGCCAUUCUACAAAAUGUCUGCCAAAGAAGAUUAUGAAUGAAAAUGCUUCUCCAAACAUCCAGCUUUGACACACUUUUGCUGCUCUGUGGAGAAAUUAGUUACAGCAGCGCAUUGCCCGCGUUCCACGGGGAGGAAGUAUUAAGUGCUUUACUUUUUUCUGGAUGCUGCUGAGAAGUGAUUCCUUAAUAAGUAGAAGUUGAAGUUGUGAGAUUCCUUGUAAAAUCCUUAUAGUUGUUUUUUCGAAAUAGGAACAAAAAUGUUGAAGCUUUGUGUGUAAUGACUAGUUGCAAUCAUCGGUUGGUUAAUAUAUAUCAGUAGAGGUUUGUUUUA